UCAGACCCUACAGGCCUACAGCAAGUACUGGGCGAGGAAGACGUUUUAUUGCCAGCCAGUCGGCAGUGCCUAUGAUCUCUACCCCACCUAUUGUCCGGGUAGUAAAUGGAGACGACUGACCGCUAGCAGUCAACGCUGUGUACUCCUACCUUCCCUCGCACGGGCGAUACCAUUCGCUUCCGUCCGGACAGAAAAAAUCAAUCCGCUUUUAAUACGGGAGAACACAAAUCCAACAAAACAUACAACUGUAGAUACUGGGAUUUUUUCUCUUGAAUUAUCUGUGGCACUAGUUUUAUGUUCAACUGAUAUGUCGUACAAAACCAUUAGCAUCUUCACUGACAAUCUUUAGGUCUUGCCUUUGCGUGAGCGUACUGCUAGUCACGACCCUGACUAUUCUUGCUGCUGUCAGUGCAGGUACACGUAGUCCUACAGCACACUGUAAACAUGUGUGAAUUCGAGCCAGAAAAUAAGGGAAAAGGCUUUCUUUUUGCGAUAGAUAGAGGUGGAACCUUCACUGAUGUGUGGGCAAAAUGUCCCAGUGGCAAGGUACGCGUUUUGAAACUGCUUUCAGACGAUCCCAGCAACUACUCCGAUGCACCACUGGAGGGCAUCAGGAGGAUCCUACAAGAGGAAACAGGAGUACCAUAUCCUCCAGGGGAACAUCUUUCCACACAAAAUUUGGGGUGGAUUCGCAUGGGUACCACAGUUGCUACCAAUGCACUGUUAGAAAGAAAAGGAGAGAGAACUGCACUUGUCAUCACACAAGGAUUCCAGGAUCUGCUCCAAAUUGGCAAUCAAGCUCGGCCAAAUAUUUUUGAUCUGGCCAUAAGAAAGCCGGAGGAACUGUAUGAAGAUGUUGUGGAGGUGGAAGAGAGGCUAGUCAUGUGUCGAGAGGACUGUCGUUUGAAUGGCAGGCACCCUGUUGUCAUAGCCACAACUGGUGAAAAGCUGGAGGUUUGGCAGCCAGUCAACGAAACCAAGCUCCGCUCAGAUCUACAGAAUGUUUACACCAAAGGCAUCCGCUGUCUUGCAGUUGUUCUUAUGCAUGCCUACAUCUAUCCUGAACAUGAACUCACUGUAAGUCGCAUUGCAAAAGAGAUAGGGUUUACCCAAGUGUCACUAUCUUCUCAUGUUAUGCCAAUGGUUCGUAUGGUGCCUCGUGGGUAUACAGCAUGUGCAGAUGCUUAUCUUACUCCAUGCAUUAAAAAAUAUGUCUCCAGCUUUUCCAGUGGCUUCAAAGAAAGUCUGAAGGGAACACAUGUGCUGUUCAUGCGAUCUGAUGGGGGAUUGACACCAGUACAUGUCUUUACAGGAGCCCAAGCAAUUUUGUCAGGCCCAGCUGGUGGUGUUGUUGGCUAUGCCUUGACAACUUACAGUGAGCUUGAUGGUCAACCAGUCAUUGGCUUUGAUAUGGGAGGUACGUCUACCGAUGUCAGUCGCUAUGCUGGGUCAUAUGAACAUGUCUUUGAGACAACAACAGCAGGCGUGACAAUUCAGGCUCCACAACUAGAUAUUAACACAGUAGCAGCUGGUGGAGGAUCCAUUCUGUCCUUCCGUGCAGGACUCUUUGUUGUUGGCCCAGAGUCUGCUGGUGCACACCCUGGACCAGCUUGCUAUAGGAAAGGAGGGCCACUCACCAUAACAGAUGCCAACCUUGUGCUGGGUCGUUUACUUCCUGAAUUUUUCCCUUGUAUAUUUGGUGAAAACGAGAAUGAACCACUGGAUUAUGAAGCAUCAUGGAAGGCUUUCACUGCUUUAACCGAUGAGGUUAAUGCAUUUGUGACCACCCAAGAAACAUGUAAUUCCAAGAUGUCAGUAGGGGAUGUGGCGAUGGGAUUCAUUCAGGUUGCUAAUGAAGCUAUGUGCCGUCCCAUCAGGGCAUUGACACAGGCCAAAGGCUAUGACACAGCGCAGCAUGUUUUGGCAUGUUUUGGGGGUGCUGGAGGCCAACAUGCUUGUGCAAUAGCUCGCACCCUGGGUAUGAGACAGGUGUUUAUUCACAGAUACGCCAGCAUUCUGUCAGCAUACGGAAUGGCACUGGCAGAUGUAGUGCAUGAGGCACAAGAGCCCUGUGCUCUUGCCUAUGAAGCAGGUAACUUUAGAGACAUUGAUGCCAUAGCUGAUCGUCUAAUAGGACAGUGCAUCCAACGCCUGUCUCAACAAGGAUUCUCCAGGGAUGACAUUAAGACUGAGGUAUUUCUGCACAUGCGUUACCAUGGCACAGACUGUGCUCUUAUGGUGUCUGCAAAUGACUUGCCAGCUACUUUGGCCUCUAGUCGCCAUGGAGACUUCUUGGCAAGGUUUCUGAUGAGAUACCGCACUGAAUUUGGAUUCACUUUACAAGACCGCCAUAUAUUUGUGGAUGAUGUGCGUGUGCGAGGAGUGGGAAAAUCAACAGCACCAGUUAAUUUUCCCAUUGAUGAGGCAAAAGAAAAACCAAUUGAAGAGAAGAGAGUUCAAGUCUAUUUUGAAAAUGCUUACAUAGCAACACCUGUCUAUAUGCUAGACAAGUUGCGAGCAGGCCAUACUAUUGAAGGACCUGCCAUUAUUCUUGAUAAAAACAGCACUAUUGUUGUGGAGCCAAAUUGUGAUGCCAGGAUAACCAAGCAUGGUGACAUUUCCAUCACGGUGGGAAGUUCAGAAAUGAAGAUUGUUGGGACCAAUUUGGAUGCUGUCCAGUUGUCCAUCUUCUCACACAGAUUCAUGAGCAUUGCUGAGCAGAUGGGCAGAGUUCUACAAAGGACAUCCAUCUCUACAAACAUCAAGGAGCGACUUGACUUCUCCUGUGCAUUGUUUGGACCAGAUGGGGGAUUGGUUGCCAAUGCCCCUCAUAUCCCUGUACACCUAGGUGCCAUGCAAGAAACUGUACAGUAUCAGAAUCUGUGUGAGGCAUGGAUGUUGUGCCAGAUAAGAACCUUGGGAAAUGACAUUCUUGAUGGUGACGUCAUUCUCAGCAACCAUCCUCAAGCUGGCGGGAGUCACCUCCCAGAUCUCACUGUCAUCACACCGGUUUUCUACUCAGGCGUCUCCAAGCCAGUAUUCUAUGUGGCAAGCAGAGGUCACCAUGCUGAUAUAGGAGGUAUUACACCAGGUUCCAUGCCUCCACACUCCACAUCAAUCCAUCAGGAAGGAGCUGUGUUCAAGUCAUUCAAGCUGGUUAAGGAGGGAGUUUUCCAAGAAGAAGCUGUCACUGAAGUCUUCAGAGCGCCUGGGUUAAUUCCUGGCUGUAGUGGCAGCAGAAAUCUUCAAGACAACCUCAGUGAUCUACAUGCACAGGUGGCAGCUAAUCAGAAGGGUAUAACACUGGUAAAAGAAUUGAUAUCAGAGUACUCACUGCCAGUUAUACAAGCCUACAUGGCAUAUAUACAGGAAAAUGCAGAAGUGGCAGUAAGAGAAAUGCUGAAGGAAAUAGCUCAAAAGACAAAAGCUUGUACAGGCACUACAACACUUUCAGCACAUGAUUUCUUGGAUGAUGGAAGCCUCAUUGCUCUUCAGGUUCACAUUGAUGAAUUGCAGGGAACAGCUGUCUUUGACUUCGCCAACACAGGUUUUGAAGUUUAUGGCAACUGCAAUGCGCCAAGAGCAGUGGUUUUGUCAGCACUUAUCUACUGUUUGCGAAGUAUGGUUGGUCAUGACAUCCCUCUGAACCAGGGCUGCCUGAAGCCGGUUAAUGUCCUCAUUCCAAAGGGAAGCCUGCUGGACCCCUCAGAGCAGGCUGCAGUUGUUGGGGGCAAUGUGCUGACAUCCCAGAGAAUUGUAGAUGUCAUUUUACGAGCAUUUGGUUCCUGCGCUGCUUCCCAGGGUUGCAUGAACAAUAUCACGUUUGGGGACGAGAACAUGGGUUACUAUGAGACUGUUGCAGGGGGAGCUGGUGCAGGUCCUUCAUGGCAUGGUUGCAGUGGGGUGCAUACCCAUAUGACAAACACUAGAAUUACUGAUCCAGAAAUUAUAGAGCGAAGGUAUCCCGUAAUACUGAAGUGUUUUCAUCUAAACCGUGGGUCAGGUGGAAAGGGAGUUUUCCAUGGAGGGGAUGGUGUCAUCAGAGAAAUUCUUUUUCGAAAGCCUUUAACACUCUCUGUUUUGACAGAAAGAAGAGUGUUUUCACCAUAUGGACUACAAGGUGGAAAGAAUGGAAGAAAAGGUCGUAAUCUUAUGUUCUAUAAGGAUGGUCGCAUUGUCAGCAUUGGAGCCAAAAUGUCAGUUGCUGUCUCGCCAGGGGAUAUCUUUCACCUGGAGACACCAGGAGGUGGUGGUUAUGGAGACGCAAGUUCAAAGCAGGCAUCCCAACAUCAGGUGGGAGAGGAAGCAAAUUUUGACAUGUUGGAUUCAUUCCCUAAAUUUCCAGAGCGAGGCAGUGUGCACCAGUACAGACUUAGUCAAGAGUCUGCAUAAUACCGAGACAUACUGAGAUCUCAUGGUAGAAAGCGUCUUUUAUCAGAGUUUCCAGUAGAGUUCAUCCAAAUAACAGUAAAAUGCUGCUGGUGAUAGCAUAUUUACACUGAAGGCAAGCAGCACUGGUUAUUCACACUGGUCAAAUAUUCAGAAUAUCAAAUGUGAUUGACUACUGAUCACACAGAACAUUUAUAUAUACUUAUUAGCUUUAAUGUCAGCUUCUAGUCUUUGUUUUUCAAACUAAAAUUAUCCAUAAAUUGUGAUCCAUCAGUUAGAUAUACUUAUUAGCUUUAAUGUCAGCUUCUAGUCUUUGGUUUUCAUACUAAAGUUAUCCAUAAAUUGCAAUCCGUGAUGCUAAAGCUACCUAUCCUUUGUGACCUCAUGUAUAUCCAGAAAGAUAUCUGUAAAGUAUUUAAAUCUUAUCAUAAGAAAUUUCUGACAUUGAUGACACUUCUUUAUAAUGCCUUUGAAUGUUUAGACUGAGCACAGUUUGUGAUUGCCUUUUAGCCUGAGCCACCUAAAAUAUUGGCAGUAGUAAUUUGGCUGUUAGUGUAAGAUUGAUUAGAAUAAUUAUUCUUUCCACAUAUCCAUGUAUUUUGAUGCGGUUUGUUUGAACAUGGUAUACUAGUGUCACUUAUGUGCCAAUCACAAGGAUAUAUUCUGCCAGACAGGUUUAUCUGUUGAACAUAUUUUCCUGUAAACUGCAAGCGUUCAAUUGCAGUGAAGCCGUACACAUGGACAGCAUAUGUCUACAUACAUGCAUGGGGUGUGGCACAAGUAUUGUUUGUAUGGUUGUGUCAACUAGUGACUACUAUUUCAAAGAUUGGGAAUAUCAAAGCGGAAGUGCAGAUCUAAUAAUAUCACCAGUUUGAAGUAUUACUUGUAUCAGCAGAGCUUUGGAAGUGUUGUUGUACCACCUACCACCUAGGAUUGACAUUGCUAAAUCUGACAUUGCAAAGAAACAUUCCAAAGCCAGACCAGAGCUGAUCACCUCAGAUUCAGAAACGGGCAUUUGGUGUGGACUACACUUAUUAUAAUCAGGGACAAGAGCUGAAGUAUCAGACCUUUUUUUAAUCAGAAUUUCUUUAUGGCAUCAAUGUGAUUUUGCAUGAUGAACUCUAACUUUAAUAUUGUUUUUUCCAGCUUUGUCUUUUGGAAAUAAAUUUAGUAUCUUUCUGAAACGGCCAGCCAUAGGAUAAGAAAAGUAUUACUAUUGCUUGAAAAUAUUUUAUUCUUCUAUUUUGACAAAAAUAAACAGGCUGUUGCAGCA